CCUCUGGCAAGGCUUUAGGAGAGCUCUGUGAUGGGGAAGCAAGCUGCCUUCUGAAACAAGAACACGAGCUAUGCUAAUGUCAGGUACAGAAGCCAAUUUGCACUGUGGAUGUUGUUGUCACUUUCUCCUGGGCCUCUUCCAAGUCUUUUGAAACCAGAUGACCUGAACUGCAAAGAACAUUCACAGAUUUAUAGUGGCAUCUUUCCUUUUUGCUUCAUCUCCUCUCCUGGAAACUGAUGGACUGGCUUUUCUCAUGCUGCUGAACACUUCACAGGACUCUCUCUCUCAAGGUUUUGUUCCUGAGUGAUAUUGUUGAGCUCAGAGUAGAUAAUCAUGUAUGUAUAAGGUAGAUAGUUGUGCGUAUAUAAGUGUGUGCAGUAUAUAUAUUUGUGCUCAGUUACUUACAGAUAAUUCUUUCUUAGUUUAUUUGUGUGUGUAUUUGUUUAGUAAGACACAGACCACAUCGAUACUUAGAAAAAAAAUGACCUUUUGUAAACCACAGAAGAUAUUUGAUGGGUGAAACACACUGUGCUCCUGUUUCCAGCCCGGUGGGGCAGUGGCCCUCAGCUGUCACUCCCAGAACAGGUGCUGUAAGCCAACACCCUGCUGGGUGUGCUUUGGCAGCACAGCCCCCUCUCAAGAGACUCAGAGUGCUUUGUGCGUGCCUCCAUCUGUAUGACUGCGGCAAGAGGACGAUGAAGGUCCAUUGUGUGCUCCUCCUCCUCAUCUGCACAGCUGGGCUGGCCCUGGGCUAUGAGGACGAGACCCGCCUGGUGGAGGACUUGUUCAGUAACUACAACAAGGUGGUGCGGCCUGUGGAGGACCAUCGCGAGGCCGUCGUCGUCACCGUGGGGCUGCAGCUCAUCCAGCUCAUCAGCGUGGAUGAAGUAAAUCAGAUUGUGACAACCAAUGUGCGCCUGAAACAGCAAUGGACAGACGUCAACCUCAGAUGGAAUCCAGAUGACUACGGUGGCGUAAAAAAAAUCCGCAUCCCCUCAGAUGAUAUCUGGCGGCCAGACCUUGUUCUUUACAACAAUGCAGACGGGGAUUUUGCCAUUGUAAAAUACACCAAAGUCCUUCUGGAGCACACAGGUCGGAUCACCUGGACACCACCAGCCAUUUUUAAGAGUUACUGUGAAAUCGUAGUCACACACUUCCCCUUUGACCAGCAGAACUGCAGCAUGAAGUUGGGAACUUGGACAUACGAUGGCACAGUGGUUGUUAUUAACCCGGAGAGCGAUCGUCCAGACCUGAGUAACUUCAUGGAGAGCGGGGAGUGGGUGAUGAAGGACUACCGUGGCUGGAAGCACUGGGUUUACUACGCCUGCUGCCCUGACACGCCCUACCUGGACAUCACCUACCACUUCCUCAUGCAGCGCCUGCCCCUCUACUUCAUUGUCAACGUCAUCAUCCCCUGCCUGCUCUUCUCCUUUCUAACAGGGCUCGUUUUCUACCUACCCACAGAUUCAGGUGAGAAAAUGACCCUCAGCAUCUCUGUCCUGCUGUCCCUGACUGUGUUCCUGCUGGUCAUCGUGGAGCUGAUUCCCUCCACCUCCAGCGCAGUGCCUCUGAUUGGCAAGUACAUGCUGUUCACCAUGGUGUUUGUCAUCGCCUCGAUCAUCAUCACCGUCAUCGUCAUCAACACCCACCACCGCUCCCCCAGCACGCACACCAUGCCCCCCUGGGUCAGGAAGAUCUUUAUUGACACAAUCCCAAACGUCAUGUUUUUCUCUACAAUGAAACGACCAUCAAGAGACAAACAAGACAAAAAUAUUUUUUCAGAAGAUAUUGAUAUUUCUGACAUUUCUGGGAAGUCAGGUUCUGUGCCUGUCAACUUCUACUCCCCGCUUACCAAAAACCCAGAUGUGAAAAAUGCUAUAGAGGGAAUCAAAUACAUUGCAGAAACAAUGAAAUCGGACCAAGAAGCCAGUAAUGCUGCAGAAGAAUGGAAGUUUGUUGCAAUGGUGCUUGAUCAUCUCCUCCUUGGCAUAUUUAUGCUAGUUUGUUUUAUAGGAACAUUAGCUGUAUUUGCUGGUCGCCUUAUUGAAUUAAAUCAGCAAGGAUGAACGUCAGCUGGAAACUAUUUGCUGCCCUAAACAUCUGAGAGCAUCAUGACCAUCAGAAUCUGGCCAGCCUCUGAAAGGUUCACUGACAGGAAUCAGUAACCACUGGGAAAGAGCAGGGAUAAUAAAACGUAAGGCCCCAUACUUAGCACUUCUGAGCUGCUGCUCAGCAGUAUUUAACUGCCAAAACGAAACACUUGCAUUAGUGGUAAAAGUGAAUGGCUGUCAGCCAGGUUUUGUUGUGUUUUACCCUUUAUUAAAAAUGUUAAUGUAUAAUAAGGUUGUCUGACUUUUUAAGCAACAUAUACUAUUCCAGUGAAGUCAAUAGCAGUGUAAUAAGCUUUAGCUGAGCUGUAAAUCUGUAUCCAACUUUGGCAUUCAAGCUGGUUUUAAUAUCUGU